CUAAAAGUGAAACCAGUCCUAGUGACGGAGUGAAUUCAAGAACGUAGCCGAGGCUAACUCACUGAAAGUUCAUGUAAGACUUUUUCAGUCGCUUAGAGGAGUCUGUUUUCUUGAAUUACAGAAGUGAAAUCUUUUCGCUGUUUGGACGUAAGCUGACAUCUCCGCUGUUUCUGCCUCUGUAAUAGCAGCAGGCCUGUGCUGGUGGGGGUGGCCCUGCGAUGGACAGGGUGACGCUGUCCCACAUAGAUGAGGAGCUGGAGUCCUCUGAGGUGGCCGCUCUCUGCUUCCUGUGCCGCGAUGUUGUCCAAAAGAAACGCCUGGAGGGGGUGACGGAUGCAAAAGUGCUGUUCAUGAGACUAGAAGAAAAAGGACUGCUGGAGAACCAUGUCUUCCUUUCUCAGCUGCUCCACACUAUCCGUCGACAGGAUCUCCUCAGUCUCCUUGAGUCGGACAGCAGGAGACAAGAAGAGACUGAUGCGAAUCCCGUCCUGUCAGAUUACAGGGUGAUGCUGUACCAGAUAUAUGAGGAUAUGACUCGGGAAAAUCUUGACAAGAUGAAGUUUCUGUUGAGCAGCAAGCUGGGUAGAAGGCAAACUGAGACAUGCAAUGCUUCCGCAGGGAUGCUCUUUGGACACUUCACUGCCCUGGAUGUGUUUGCCGAAAUGGAAAAGAAUAGUCUGCUGUCGACUGACCAGCUCGAUGAGCUGCAUAAGGUGCUGCUGGAGCUGGAUCAAACGCUGGCAUCAACUGUACACCGCUACAUGCAAGGGGUUACACAGCAGCAUCAAACCAGAUUAUCUCCUCAUGUCAGCAUGGAUUACCAGAUGGUCAACAAGCCCUCUCAGCCCAAACCAGCUGCUCUGUCCAUAUCUGAGACUCAGCCCAGCGCUGCAGGACAGAUUGUUUACGCCGAUUCAGAACCGAGCUCUGAGCCGAGCUCAGAGCCGUCCUCUCUCUCUGAUCAGACAGAGUACUAUGCCCUGAUUCAUAACCCUCGUGGUGUGUGCAUGGUCAUUAACAAUGAGAAAUUCCUGGGAACAGAGCUGAGGAAUAGAGCAGGGACUCAGCAGGAUGAGGAGGCUCUGCGCACAGUGUUCUCCCAGCUUGGCUUUGAUGUGAAGGUGCACAACAACUUGACAGCAGAGGCCAUGCGACAGGAGCUAAAAAAGCUGGGCUCAAGGAACUUUUUGAAGGACGAUGUCUUGGUGGUAUGCGUGCUUUCCCAUGGACAGAAGGGCUCUGUCUUUGGGACUGAUGAGCAGGAGGUGUCCUUGCGAGAGCUGACGCAGCCCUUCUUGAGCGGGCGAGCUCCCACCUUGGCGGGGAAGCCCAAACUGUUCUUCAUCCAAGCGUGCCAGGGAAGCAGCUACCAGAGAGGAUCCGUGCCGUGUCCCCCGAAGCCGAGACAGGAGGAGGAGAACAGAGAGAGCCGCCUGGAGGAAGACGCGGGUCGUGUGUAUGGCGAGACGGUGCCUUGGGACGCCGACUUCCUGCUGGGCAUGGCCACGGUGCCAGAUUGCAAGUCGUUUCGAAACACUGCCACGGGCUCCAUCUACAUCCAGCAGCUGUGCACGCAGCUGAUGAGGUCAGCUAAAAGCUCGGAGGAAGAUGAUUUACUCACUAUCCUGACACGUGUGAACAGGGAGGUCAGCAAAGGAGAAUAUUUAAAUUUCAAACAAAUGCCAGAGCCCAAGUACACCCUCACCAAGAAGCUAGUCCUCAAGUGUGUGUGAGCAGCGGGGACCAAGUGCAGAAUUCCCAGAUUCAUAUCACACUAAUUUACUUUGUGUAUGACCCUAUUUGUGUGUGUGUGUGUGUGUGUGUGUGUGUGUGUGAAUGACUUUGUGUUGACUGUGUUGGAUGAAUUUGAGUGUCGGUAUCUUUGGAGGUACCUCAGGAAGCGAGUCGCUUGAGAACAAAAGCAUAUUGUGCAAAUAAAAAAAUGUUACAUUCAAAGAAAAUGCUGUCUUUGAAAUGUUUAUGAUUAUUCUUGUUGAUUAGGAAAAAUAAACAAUAA